AUGACUCUGGUGCGAAGGCGUCACUUUGGGAUGGGACAUGGUAUUGGUCGUUCUGGGGACCUGGAAGAGGUCCAGCCCAAGGCUGCUGGGUCCAGUGUCCUGGCCAAGCUGGCCAGUGCCUUUCUGAAAGAUGCCCUGCGAAUUGCAGGGGUUACCCGGGUCACUGGGUGCUUCUUGGUUCCCAUGGCAACUGGGAUGACCCUCACCCUCUGUCUUCUCAGCCUGAGAAAGCAGCGACCUCAGGCACGAUAUGUCCUCUUCCCACGAGUUGAUCAGAAGUCCUGCUUCAAGUCCAUCUCUACUGCAGGUUAUGAAGCUGUAGUAGUGGAGAACUAUCGGAGUGGGGAUGAGCUGAGCACAGACCUGGAUGCCCUGGAAAAGGAAGUUGAGCGACUUGGUGCAUCCUCUAUCGUGUGUGUCCUGAGCAUCACAUCAUGCUUUGCUCCACGUUCCCCCGAUGACAUUGUCCGCAUUGCCACACUCUGCCGCAAUAAGGACAUCCCACACAUCAUCAACAAUGCUUAUGGGGUUCAAAGCUCCAAGUGCAUGCAUCUAAUCAAUGAGGCUGCCAGACUGGGUCGGGUGGAUGCAUUUGUGCAGAGCACAGACAAGAACUUUCUUGUUCCGGUGGGAGGGGCCAUUGUGGCUGGGUUUGACAAAGAUCUUCUCCAUAAAAUCUCAACUGCUUAUCCUGGCCGAGCUUCUGCCACAGUGGGUGUGGAUGUUCUCAUCACCCUGUUGUCCCUUGGAGUGAAGGGAUGGAAGAAGCUACUUGAGCAGCGGAAAGAGCAUUUUUCAACCCUCCGGGCUCAAUUGGAAGAGGUGGCUGCAAAGCAUGGGGAACGGGUAUUGCACACUCCAAAGAAUAAUAUAUCCAUUGGAAUGACUCUGAGUGGUGUCAAAGAGGAGGACCUGACACGGCUGGGUUCAAUGCUGUUCCUGCGGAAUGUCUCAGGGACCCGGGUCAUCACUACCAGGGACCUGAAGACCAUUGCCAACACCACCUUCAUUGGAAAAAAAGAGAAAAGAAUGGUCACUCUGCAGGUACUUGAUAAUCUGGAUGAGCCAUUAAACUGGACAAAAUCACCAGUCCCCUUGAGUCCAGAUCAACAAGAGUUGACUGUAGCUGGUACUGAUCCUCAAAGGGGAUGGAGUUUGUCCGGGAGGAGCCAUGUUGCUGUUGACGUAAAGAAACUCCCGGAUGUAAAGUGGCCUACGAUCCCUGAUUGGUCGCCACGAAUUCUCAGAUCUCUCUCACUUACCACGCUCUUAGGCUCUUCCUCCUCCAACACCUCGGUCAGCAUGGGUCGUAUGCACGCUCCAGGGAAAGGCAUCUCGCAGAGUGCCCUCCCCUAUCGCAGAAGUGUACCAACAUGGCUCAAACUAUCAUCAGAGGAUGUCAAAGAGCAGAUCUUCAAGUUAGCCAAAAAGGGACUAACCCCUUCACAAAUCGGUGUGAUCCUGCGUGACUCUCAUGGAGUGGCUCAAGUGCGAUUUGUCACUGGGAACAAGAUCCUCAGAAUUUUGAAGGCCAAAGGUCUGGCUCCUGAUAUACCAGAGGAUCUAUAUCAGCUCAUCAAGAAGGCAGUGGCUAUUCGAAAGCACUUGGAGAGAAAUCGGAAAGACAAGGACUCCAAGUUCCGCUUGAUCCUGGUGGAAUCACGAAUCCAUAGGUUGGCCAGGUAUUACAAGAAGAAAGCAGUCCUACCACCCAACUGGAAGUAUGAAUCCAGCACAGCUUCAGCACUUGUUGCUUGAAAUCAUUGUUUUAUGUGUUGGAAUAAAUAAGAUCACCAAGAUAACAUGA